GGGACUUGAUAAUAAUUGAUUGAUUAAUAGGCUAUUUGUGUGAAACAAGUGUAUUAACGAGGGAUACCUUUCUCUCUCUCUCUCUCACUCACUCACUCACUCACUCACUCUCUCCCCCAACAGAGAUCCGUCCCAUUCAUCCAUACAGUCAGUGAAUUGGUGGCGAAAACUGGAUUCCGAUCUCACAAACAGUUAUAUCCAAUGGUUUAGUUGUGUUUCUCUCUCACACACUGUCUUAUAGUCUGCUCUGACUGUGAGAUCUAUGAAGAGUUAAUGUCUUAGCAUUUCGUCCCUCGACAAACAACUUUUCAUUUCCAAACAUGACUUUCAAUCUGACGGCACUUAACGAAAGGAAGAAAAUUCUUAUGAAAACCUUCCUCUUUGUGGCCAUUCUUAUCGGUCUCAUCACUGGUCCGGCCAUCGAUUUAUGGAAGGCAUCCGUCUUUGUGUUUGUCUUAUACCUCACGACUGGUGGCUAUCGGUUCGCAUGGGUUUUCUAUAAGACGGUGGGACGGGAUCUCAAGAGUUUAUACCGAUUCAAGAGAACCCAAUUGUAUUUAUAUCUACUGAAGAGAGACAACGCAACGGUUCCCAAAAUAUUCACCAAAUUAUGCCAAACUAAUGCUAGUCGAGUGCUCUUCUACUAUGAGGACCAGAAGUGGACUUUCCGUCAAAUCGAUGAGUUCUCCAAUAGAGUGGCCAACUUGUUCCUCGAGUACGGCUACCAUCCCGGCCAAGAAGUGGCCCUCUAUAUGGAGAAUAAGCCCGAAUACAUAGGCAUUUGGUUAGGUUUAGCCAAAGCUGGUCUCGUGACCGCUCUGAUAAACACGAACCUACUGUCCGACCAAUUGGUCCAUUCGGUGACAGUUGUGAAAUGCAAAGCUUUGAUAUUUGGUAGCGAACUCAGUGAUGCCGUAACCGAUGCAAUACCUGAGCUCAAUGGGAACGGGACGAUGCAAUACUUUUGCUUUGGAGACUUUGAUCCAAAUUGUGUGAAAGCAAAACCACUCAAACAACUUAUUGACGAAAGUAGUUGCGAGAGACCUUCAACUCUGAACAGAGGCAACUUCAAUGACCGACUCUUCUACAUAUACACAUCGGGAACGACAGGUCUGCCCAAAGCAGCCAUCAUUAAGCACAGCAGAUAUAUAUGGAUGGGCUCUGCCAUCAAGAAUAUGAUAAGACUAAGAGAUGACGACGUCUUAUACACUAGUCUCCCGCUGUACCACUUAGCCGGUGGCACUCUGGGCACCUGUCAGUCACUCAUAUUUGGUAAUCCAAUGGCCAUACGUAACAAAUUUUCGGCCUCAAACUUCUGGAAGGACUGUAUUAAAUACAACUGCACUGCCGCACAAUAUAUCGGAGAGAUAUGUCGUUAUCUGUUGGCUCAGAAGCCGCAGCCGUCGGAUAAGCAGCACAACGUGAGGAUUAUAUUUGGCAAUGGACUCAGACCUAAGAUCUGGAAAGAGUUUACGCAACGCUUUAAUAUCAAACAAGUCGGCGAACUCUACGGCUCUACUGAAGGCAACGCUAAUAUAAUAAAUGUCGAUAACAGAGAGGGUUCGUGUGGUUUUAUAUCGCAAAUCGCGCCCUUCCUAUACCCGGCCUCUCUGGUCAAGGUUAAGGAGUCUACGGGCGAACACCUUCGCGAUGAGAACGGUAUCUGCCUUCACGCCAAACCCUACGAAACGGGAGAAUUUGUGGGCAAAAUCAUAGACUCUGAUCCGACCCGUGCUUUCGACGGCUACGCCAACAAAGAGGCGACUCAGAAGAAGAUCAUAUACGAUGUGUUCAGUAAAGGCGAUCGCGCUUUUGCUUCUGGAGAUCUGCUCACAAUGGAUGAGUUGGGAUACCUUUACUUCAAAGACAGAACCGGCGAUACGUUCCGAUGGAAGGGAGAGAAUGUGUCGACAAUGGAGAUCGAGACCAUUAUUAGUAAAUUCAUUCAUUUAGUGGAUUGUGUGGUGUAUGGAGUGGAAGUGCCCGGCUGUGAGGGUCGCGCUGGGAUGGCAGCCAUAUUGGAUCAAAACAAUGGUUUGGAUUUGAAUAAGUUGUUGCGGAACCUGAAGAAAGUAUUGCCCGCAUUCGCAAUACCUGUAUUCAUACGGAUUUGUAAAUGUCUCGAAAUGACGGGAACUCAUAAAUUGCCCAAAAAUAGUCUCCAGAAUGAAGGCUACGAUCCAAACCUAAUCCGAGAACCCAUUUAUUUCUUUGACGCAAAAAAAGAUAAAUACUUGCGAUUAGACGACAAACUCUAUAGAGAUAUACAAAAUAGUUUAAUAAGAUUUUAGCGAAUUUUAAUAAAUAAUGAUAAAUAAUAACACAAUUUCUUGUCAACAAAAUAUUUUUAUAUUAAAUAGUUAUUUAAAACAAUAGAUUCUGUGAUAGAGAAAAUACAUUUGGAGUAUGUUUUUAACGCAAACCCCCACAAAAGCAAACAAACUUUGAAUUUGAGGAGAAAAUACUGUUUCAAAUGUGUAUUUCAAAUACGAAUGUCAUUCAAAUUGCCAUAAAUUUGUUAAAUUCUUUUCACUUGUAUUUCUUAUGCAAACGAAACACGAUUUUAGGCCUAAUUUAAUGUUUACAUUUAAUUUGAUUAUGAGUUCAAAAACACGAUUUUCUUAGACAUAUAGAACUGUAUAUAACUUUACAUAAACUUUAUGUUAAACGGUAAAGACCUGAGUGUUUGGGCGUUGAUUAGUGUGUUGUGUUCGCACUGUUCCGCAAAACCCAAUACCCGGACACAACGUGUUGUGAUCUCUAAUAUCGGUGUCAAUCGCAGGCAUGUGUUAUCGAAAACGCUAUAAAAAUUAUGUUUAAAUCAUAUAUUUCUCAUUAUAUUAAACUCCAAAUUAUCAUUUCGUUUCCAUUACUUAUGUUCUAAACGUUUACUUUAUUUUUUCAUUUAAUGUUUUUACGUCAAACACUAUUGUCGACACAUUACGCGAUAUAUAAAUGAUUUGUAAAACUGUUUUCUACUAAUUAUUAUUCUACGAG